GUGCACACCCAAGUACCUGUAACUGUCGACAACUUCCACCGCAGAUCCUCCAAUGUGCAGGGGGAGGUGGGCAUGCUUGCCCCUUCUGAAGUCCACAAUAAUCUCCUUCGUCUUCUUUACAUUGAUGCAGAGGUUGUUUUCUCUGCACCAAUCCUCCAGGUGUUCCACCUCCUGCCUGUAGCUGGACUCAUCUCUGUUCGUGAUGCAUCCAACCACUGCCGUGUCGUCCGCAAACUUCACAAUAUGACAGCCUGGAUGGAGAGAAAUUAAAAUAUUCCAGGGAUUUCCAGGAAUUUCUCCUAAAAUUCAUCACCACAACAAAAAUGAUAUUUAACUAAAGAAAUUGUUUGAUACGUUUAACAGAUAAACAAAGCAAAGUCCCGACAUGGAGAAACAUCACCAGCGCAUUCACACAGGAGAGAAACCAUAUCACUGCUCAGACUGUGGCAAGAGUUUUACUAAACAGAGUCAUCUCAAACAGCAUCAGCACAUUCACACAGGAGAGAAACCGUAUCACUGCUCAGACUGUGGGAAGAGUUUUACUAAACAGAGUCAUCUCAAACAGCAUCAGCGCAUUCACACAGGAGAGAAACCAUAUUACUGCUCAGACUGUGGAAAUAGUUUUAAUCUACAGAGUAGUCUCAAAAUACACCAGCGCAUUCACACAGGAGAGAAACCGUAUCACUGCUCAGACUGUGGGAACAGUUUUAAUCUACAGAGUACUCUCAAAAUACACCAGCGCAUUCACACAGGAGAGAAACCGUAUCACUGCUCAGACUGCGGGAAGAGUUUUAUUACACAGAGUCAACUCAAAAUUCACCAACGCAUUCACACAGGAGAGAAACCGUAUUACUGCUCAGACUGUGGGAAGAGUUUUAAUCAAGAGAGUAAUCUCAAACGACACCAGCGAAUUCACUCAGGAGAGAAACCGUAUCACUGCUCAGACUGUGGGAAGAGUUUUAAUCGACAGAGUAAUCUCAAAAAACACCAGCGCAUUCACACAGGAGUGAAACCGUAUUACUGCUCAGACUGUGGAAAGAGUUUUAAUCAAGAGGGUAAUCUCAAACGACACCAGCGAAUUCACUCAGGAGAGAAACCGUAUCACUGUUCAGACUGUGGGAAGAGUUUUAAUCAACUGAAUUAUCUUAAAAUUCACCAGCGCAUUCACACAGGAGAGAUAACUAUCUCAGAUGUUCCACUGCAAUAAAAAGUGCAAAUUCUAAAUCGUUGACAGCCAAAGCACCUUAUUCCACCCAGAAUCUUCACUCUGUCACUCUGACACAUUCCACCAGAAACAAUCAAGAA